CUAACAAACGGACACCAAAACCAAAUGAUACAAUACUUGAGCGAGUCGAAGCAAAAGAUAGAGAGUGAACUAAACGAUACAAGAGUUAAACUGGCGACGACACAGGCUCAGAAGGAGGAAUCGUCCGCUGCUGUAGUCGAACUACGCAAGCAGCUAGAGCAAGUCAAGCAAGAGCUCAACAUGAAAGAUGUAUCUCUUGUACAACUUCAAAAGGAUACGAAGCAGCUACUGAACGAGUUCAGCACCCAGAGUAACGAGAUGAAGAGUGCUUACACGAAGAAAGAGGAACAUUUAAAAGAAGCGCUAGAGGAGAUAGAAGCCCUGAAACGGGCACUGAACAACCAAGAGGCAUUCACAGAGAGCGUGCGCAAACAAAACGAACAACUGCAAGAGCAACUGGCCGCGGUGGAAGAGCGCUACGCUGCAAACGCACGACAUACCGACCAGUUACAGCGCAAACUUGAAGAAGCCGAAGUAACAAUUGCUAAUAAUAAUGACGAAAUUUUGAAAAUGCAAGAUAAAAUUGAGAAGGUAGAAAAAGAAGUCGAUGACAAACAUGCUGUAAUAAUUAUGAAAGAAAACGAAAUAAAUAAUUUGCAAAUACAAUUGAACAAUAUCGAAACGGAGAAGGUAGAAUUGUUAUCUAAACUAGAAAGCAGUGCGGCGAAGAACAACGCUGAGGAGGCACGCGUGGCUGAACUGUCCGCAAGCAUCGAGCUGCUGCAUACCAACCUUCAAACUCACAAAGAUGCAAGUGACGCCAGAAUCGCAGAACUAAUUGAGGCUAUAGAAAGCAAAGACAAAGAGCUGGACAGCAAAGCUGGAACAAUAGCGCAGCUGAUGUGUGAGGUGACGGGGGCUGUCGACACCAGCGCCAGGCUGGAGACUGCGCUACAUAAACUGCGCAAAGAGAUGGAAAUUGAGAAAGAUAGCUGGAGAGAAAAGGACAGGAAGCACGCCCAGCAAGUUGAGCGUCUUGAAGUACUGCUGAGGGAAAAAGAAGAAGAAUCAUCUAAGCAGAUGUCGAUUAUUCUGGAGAUACGAGCUGAGAAGGAGCGUCUGCAAGAGAAAUUCCAGAACAUGCAGGCCACGAUGGACAACAUCCAGAAACAGCUGUCGCGGCCACUGGUGCCGCCUAAACCACGGGAAGCGCCCGAGCACGACGACAAUGCCCGACCCUUCGCUACACAACUUGCCGUCACCACUCCUCAGAACAUUAAUAAGCCAAUGAACACGCGAAAACUAGCUGGAGUGGAAGCUGGUCACGGCGGUAAGGUCAACCAGGAGAUAGAUAGCAUAGUGUUCAGCUUGUUCAGUGACAACAGCACCGACGAUUGUGCCAACAAACCUGACCCUCCCGAGGCAACUCGUCGCUUCGAGGCGCCGUAUCGUGGCAAUUCAGCACCGGCGACGUUCAAGCGCCGUACCGGUGUACCAGCAGCGCGGCCACGUGUCUACGUACCUGACGACGAUGAUGAUAAUGCUCUAAUAUCGUUGUCACAGACAAGAAAUAAUUUGAAGAAUAAAGAGCAACGACCAACGAAUCAACGCGCAUUCUUUAAGUCGAAGCGCGAAACGAAAAGACCUAAAUAAUUAUUUGUUACCAUUUGUCAUAAAUUCUUUGUUGAUUUGUUAGAAGAAUAAAGUUUUUGUUUCUUUGAAUUUUCUACCACUACCUAAUUGUUUCAUUGUAAUAAUUAAUAAUAAAUGUUGUUGAAAAAAAUUCUUAAUUUUUAUUAUACUUAACAAGC